UGGAAAACUGGGAAUUGAAUAGUUGGUCGGCAUAGUUACAGAUGGAAAGUACAUACAACGCGUUUGAAAUUGUACUCCACAACUAAUAAAUUGUCUUAACCUAACUCCAAUCUUACUGCUAAUUGUUGUAGGUUGCUGUUAUCAUUUAACGUAAGUAGAUCAUGUAACCAUACUGUGUCUUCACAAAACUUUUCUUAUCUUCGCUUUUCAGAUUUCCGUACACACGUUUUUCUUCACGCUCCCCCAGCACACAACGUACCCUCAGGGUAGGAGCAAACCGCCACGUGUUUGCAUCUCAUAAGAAGGUAUACUUCUGGAGCUAUUUUAACAAUCCGACUGAGUUGAACAUUACACAUUCAAUGGCUGAAUCGUUAGCUCAAGCUGGAUUAUAUAUUGACGAUUUUUAUAAACUUCGAAUAGUUGAUCCUAGAGUCGCACAAGAAACAAACGAACUCAAAGAAGAAUGUGAAAAAUAUCUUUCAAAAAUGACCGACUUUAAAAUGAUUGUUGGAGAACUUCUCAACUUGAUCAGCUCUGUAGCUGAAAAAGUUGAAUCGCAAAAGCUAAAAGCGAUUGGUUCAAGAAAUCUACUUACCUCAAUGGAGAAGCAAAGAGACUUACAACAAAAACACUUGGAAUCCCAGAUAUUGGCCAAAAAGAAGGAUAUAGAUAGAUUGAAUAUUCAAUUACAAUCAUUACAAAAAGAAGAAGCUGAACAAACAGAGUUUAUUGAACGUUUUCUUAUGGGUCGUUAAAUUGUUCUUGGAAUUGUAUUAGUAUUGUAUAGUAUCUUUUAAAAAAUUAUAAAUUUUAUGUACAAAUAUAUGAAUGAUAUCAAAUUA